AUGGAGGUCUAUGUGGACGACAUGAUCGUCAAGAGUCGAACUGACCGGCAGCUCGUUCCCGACCUGAGGGAAAUCCUGAACAUCCUGUGGGAAAGUCGGAUACGGCUGAACACAAAGAAAUGUACCUUCGGGGUCAGGUCAGGAAAGUUACUGGGUUUCCUGGUCUCCCAAGAGGGGAUCCGGGCAAACCCGGAUAAGUUCCAGGCCAUCAUGAACAUGGCCCCCCCCGAGGAGCGUCAAAGAGCCUCGGAGCAGGGAGAAAUCCUGUUCCUAUACUUGUCUGCUUGCAACGAGACCGUUAGCGCAGUUUUGGUGCGGGAGAACAGGGGGGCUCGAAGGCCAAUAUACUACGUUAGCUGUGCUUUACAAGGGCCGGAGACGCGGUACACGCCGGCAGAAAAAUUGGUCCUCGCCUUGGUGCACGCCGCCCGGAAGCUCCGACCUUAUUUCCAGACCAACAGCAUUACUGUCCUGACGGAUCAACCCUUACGACAGAUACUCACAAAACCUGAGAUCUCGGGCAGAAUGACCAAAUGGACCGUCGAACUGGCCGAGCACGACAUCGGCUAUCAGUCUCGCACCGCUAUCAAAGCUCAGGCCCUGGCAGACUUCCUCAUCGAGGGAGCCAGUUUGUCAGUGACUGAGUCGAGCUCUUUGCCCGAGGAGGCUGAGUACGAGGCCCUAUUGACAGGAUUGCGGAUAGCCCACCAGAUGGAUAUAACCGCGAUCAGGAUCCGGAGUGACUCUCAGCUCGUAAUCUGCCAGAUUGAGCGGGUGCCGAGGUCACAGAACAAGCGGACGGACGCCGUGUCGAAACUGGCGUCCUCCUCGUUUGCCCACCUGAGCAAGGAAGUCUUGGUGGAGGUAGUUAAGCAAAAAAGCAUUGGCCAGAUUCAGGUCUUGGCUAUAGACAGCUCAGCCACUUGGAUGACUCUCCUCGUGGACUUCCUCACCUCAGGUGCCCUCCCAGUGAACAAAACUGAGACUCGCCGACUCCAGCUCAGAACUGCUAAGUACGCCUACGCCGGGGGGACCCUCUACAGGAGGUCGUAUCUGUUUCCUUGGCUAAAGUACAUAACUCCUGAGGAGGGCGACUAUGUCUUCCGAGAAGUUUAA